AAGUGAGCACAUCUUUUAGAGUUGUUUUACACACAGUAACACACAAGGAUAUUCAAGGUGUUAAUAGGACCACAUAGGCCUACAACGAACUGAAAAUUAUAGUUUACUUACAGGUUGUUAUUGCAGCUGGUGCCAGUUAGCUAAAAUCAACAAACAAGAGAGAGAGAGCUACGUGCAAUUUCUAUCAAUAUGUCAAAGACAGAGACUUCUUUGAUCAACUUGUCAUUUUGGAAUAGUGGGAAAAGAAAAAUCCGCUACCUUUAUCUUGUAGAUAACAAUUAUUUUUCAGUGACAAAGAAUGGUCCUGAUGAGGGGCGGCUUAUUCCUCUGUUUCUGGGAGCUGACCUUUACUCUGACACAGAUAUUCGUAUUGAGAACCAUCCUAGGUACCAUGCUAAGUUUGCUAAAAAGGGAUUGGCAACCAAGCUUGUGUUUUCAUCUGAGUACCGGUUCCACGGUUUACGAGUUCCCAGCGGAAUGAACAGUUUGUGGUUCUACAGCAUUCAAGGUAUCUUUCGUGUGGCCUUUGAAUUAUACCGCAAACAACAGCAGCUGUCUAUCUUGGAGUCGUUUCAGGACUUGUGGAAAUCACGGCUAAAUGAUGAUCUCUUGAAAAUGACCUACCAGCUUACAGUGAGACUUGAUAGUCCCCAAAACACUUUGUCAACAACAGAGCAAGGCAGACAGACCUCUGGCGACCCACCAGAUCAGUGUGUUCAUUGCCCCCAGGGAGGUGCAGAACCAUUUGAAUCCACCCAGCACCCACCUGAGAGUGCACGAUCAGAAGACCAUGACUACUGCUCGCCUGUUAAAGUAACUGUCAGUGAAACCCCCAGCCAGCCGAGUCAGGUUUUGGAGACACUCAAAUGCUUGGAAAACCAGCUUCAGUCAGUCCAAAGCAUCGGCCCUGAUCAGAAGCACAUACUUCUUUCCUUUCUGAAACUGGCAGAGCACUGCACUGAUGGUGGUGGGGCGUUGGAUGAGGAGUAUUUGGCUAAAGCUGUGCUGUCCCUGCUUCAGCUUCAGACACCCAACUCCCUGUCCAUCUACUGCAGCCCAUUGCUCCAAGCAGUUGCAGGCUGGCUGGGCCGCUGUUUCCAUGCCGCCAAUAGUUGCAUCAGCCAGCAGGUGGAGAGCUUCAAGGUACGGCACAUAGAGCACAUCAGCGACCUUCCGCCAUCUGAAGAGCUGGCGGCUGAGUUGUUCCCUGAAGCCAUGCGGACAUUACUUGUACACUGGAUGGGACUGAGCGAGGAGGCAGCGUUGUGGAAGAGGCACAGCGAGUUCCCCAUCCUGCUGCUCAUACUGGAGUUUGCCAACCACAACCUCAUCACUGGUGUGGCCCAUGUACUAUACUCGAGCCUCAUCUGCAAGUAAAGCCUACCUUACACUGACAAGAUUUGGGAAAGAUUCUUAAAAGAUUGUAGUCUUUUUUAGUAAAGCUUGAAUGAGGGGCAUUAGUAAAAAGACUACAGUCUUUCAAGAAUCUUUCCAAAAUCUUGUCAGUGUAAGGUAGGCUUAAGCCAUAUCACUGACUGAGAUGAUUGGGAAAUUCAAAUCCAGAGAUGUAUUGGUUAUGAUGGGACACUACAAUGUAGUCUUCAACCUUAUUUUUGUACCUCUUUGUGAACAAUAUUGUAUGAACAUGAAUCCAUUGUUUACUCAAUAAAUGUAUAUAUUUUUUAUUAA